CCAUGUCCUGCAUUUGGAGGGGUAAAGGCCUCCAGAGGCGGGAGCCCCUCCCCCUCCGGUCUGGCCCCGCCCGGGCACCGCUGCUGCACUCCCAGGAACCCAGCUCAUAGCUGCGACCCGUUGGCAUAUUCCUUGUGGGCCUCGCCGGGGAACGGAGAGCCAACAGAGGGCUCGACCGUGCUAGCAUGAUGCCUGCCGAUGUCCACAAGAAGAAAAGCUGGGACGUUUCCAAUGGUUCUUUGAUGCCUUCUGAUGGGCAGCACAUGGAGAGGUCUGAGAGCCCCACUCCGGGGCUGGCCCAGGGAACUGAGCCAGGGGCUGGCCAGGAGGGUGCCAUGUUUGUUCAUGCCCGCUCCUAUGAGGACCUGACAGCAUCGGAGGAGGGGGAGGACUGUGCAGGGAGCCCAGAGGAGAAAGAUGGGGCCCAGGCUCACCUGACAGACAUGCAGCAGAUCAGCAAAGAUUUCAGCGAAUUGAGCACCCAGCUGACGGGGGUGGCACGAGACGUGGAAGAGGAGAUGCGGCCGGGUCCAGAGGAGCCCUCCGACUUCCUGGGAGAGGAGGCCAGGGAAGAGGAGGAAGAGGCAAUGGAGGCCUGGCGGCAGCACCAAAAACACAUCUUCGUGCUGAGUGAGGCAGGCAAGCCGGUGUACUCCCGCUAUGGGUCAGAGGAGGCCCUGUCCAGCACCAUGGGGGUCAUGGUGGCCUUGGUGUCCUUCCUGGAGGCCGACAAGAAUGCCAUCCGCUCCAUCCACGCAGAUGGCUACAAAGUAGUAUUUGUGCGCCGGAGCCCCCUGGUGCUAGUCGCCGUGGCCCGGACCCGCCAGUCAGAGCAGGAGAUCGCCCAGGAACUGCUGUACAUCUAUUACCAAAUACUCAGCCUGCUGACCUGGACGCAGCUGAACCACAUUUUCCAGCAGAAGCAGAACUAUGACCUGCGGCGUCUGCUCUCUGGCUCGGAGCGCAUCACCGACAACCUGCUGCAGCUCAUGGCCCGGGACCCCAGUUUCCUGAUGAGUGCUGCCCGCUGCUUGCCCCUGGCAGCCAGCGUGAGGGACACCGUCAGUGCCAGCCUGCAGCAGGCCCGGGCCAAGAGCCUGGUCUUCUCCAUCCUCCUGUCCAGGAACCAGCUGGUGUCCCUGGUCAGGAAGAAGGACCAGUUCCUCCACCCCAUCGACCUCCACCUGCUCUUUAACCUCAUCAGCUCCUCCUCCUCCUUCAGGGAGGGUGAAGCUUGGACGCCUAUCUGCUUGCCCAAGUUCAAUUCCAGCGGCUUCUUCCACGCCCACAUAUCCUACCUGGAGCCAGACACGGACCUGUGCCUUCUCCUGGUCUCCACCGACCGCGAGGACUUCUUCACAGUCUCAGAUUGCCGCCGCCGCUUCCAGGAGCGGCUGAGGAAGCGAGGGGUCUAUCAUGCUUUGCGGGAGGCCCUGCGCACCCCAUACUACAGUGUGGCCCAAGUGGGCAUCCCUGAGUUGCGCCACUUUAUCUACAAGUCCAAGAGUUCUGGGCUCUUCACCAGCCCAGAAAUCGAGGCCCCAUACGUGAGUGAAGAGGAGCAGGAACGCCUUCUGGGGCUGUACCAGUACCUGCACAGUCGGGCCCACAAUGCCUCCCGCCCCCUCAAGACCAUUUACUACACUGGGCCCAAUGAGAACCUCGUGGCUUUGGUGACUGGAGCCUUUGAGCUCUAUAUGUGCUACAGCCCCUUGGGGACCAAGGCCUCAGCUGUCAGCGCCAUCAACAAGCUCAUGCGUUGGAUCCGGAAGGAGGAGGACCGACUCUUCAUUCUGACGCCGCUGACAUACUGAGGGCUGGGGCUGCCAACAGGCUCUGAGACCUGCCUCUGGCUCCGUUCCUCCCUCUCUUUGGGUCUCACCAGGUGGCCCUUCCUUGAGAAUGUGCAUGGUGGAGAGGUGGCAGAACCCCCAUGUAUCUGUCCCCCAUACUUGGGACAAGAGAGGGAGAGGGUCUAGGGAAGUGGUUUUUCUGGGCAGCCCCAGGAUUCUUAUUUGCAUUAAAUAGUAGGUGGAAAG